CAAUUUGAUGUCGGUCUAUUUUUAUAUUCAUAAGCAAGUUGUAACCACCUGCCCCUUUUUCAUGUCGAACCUGGUCAUUUUUAAAGGGUGAACAUUAAACCAUCUAAACCGAGCGGUCAUCACAACCUUGGCGGUUACUCUGCGGUUCACCGCAUCAUGUUCGACAACUCUGCUCUCUCCCAGCCAGGCAUCAAUAAUCAAUAUCCUUCACAAAGCGUAUCAAUAGCAUGAUCACAUAGCAUUGGAACAGCUAUUGUCUCCAGGAACAUUUUGAUGAUUGUGUCGUGGUUUUUCGUCUGGAGAGUUUCAAUAGACCCCUUUGCUUGUGACUCGUCACCCGUUACAUUAGAUCACGGCGAUAUUGAUUCGUGACAAGAUGGAGAUGGAAAACAUUUCUGACAAUUGUUGUAUGGUACUAUAAAUGAAGUCAUGUACGCGGUCUGUUUCGCUACCAAGAAUAUGUACAUGCAUCCGCAUCAAUACUGAGUCAUUCUGCUGUAUACAUUUGUAGCUGUCCGUUUGUACGGGUGACACCUCUUGCUUUUAUUUUGUUGUAUGGUGCCGUAAACCUCCGAGUGCCGGUUGUAAUUGUUUCUAUUUGUCUUUGUCUCUACAUUAUCAUGCAUCAAAGAAGCUCACCGCUCCUAUAAACUUAUUUGAUUAAUAGACAAUGAAUCGUUGUGGUAUUCUGAAGUAAAUGUUUUAUCGCUCAAAUUUUAUUUGCAAAUCGCACAUACGGAUGAUAUCAGUUUCCAUCGGAUAUGGUGUGAAGAGUGAACAACUAGAAUUGUCCGAUUUCUGAAACGCUUUGGACUGUUACUAAACUUUGACGGUUCAGAGCAGAUAGAUUUGUUUAUUUUGACGGGAUAUCACAGCAACUCACUCAGGAUACUUUUAUUUUGCAAUGUACUUGAUAUGAUGUGUGUUCUUCGAUUACGACGAUGAUGCCGAAAGGAGAAGACACGGAGCCGCUGCGGCUCCCGGUCAUUGACAAUGAUUUCCUGGUUGCUCUGCCCAGGAGAAUUGAAGGAUCGAGUCCGCAACCUAACUCAGCCUCUGGUCGUUCGAAUGGCUCUCCACGUCACAGAGAUGAUAUUAAUCAAAAUCGAAAUCGGAUAACGCCUGACAACCGCGUCAAUAAGAAAAACGGUUCACUUUUGUCACACCCUUCACAAUCAAACAACAGCAAGUCCCUCACUUCGGUGUCCAUUGGAACUCGGAAGAGCAACAGCAGCAGCGGUUCGGACAUACGAACGCAGAACGAAUACCUGGAGAAAUGCGUCUCGGACAUUUUCGAGAGGCAACGGCAACCUUCGGCGCUGUCCGUGCAGAGGAGUGGCAGCGGGAGCUCAAGAGCGACCACCGAAGAUGGUCGGGGAUCUUCGGAACUGGAGAACGAGGUGGAUAACGUUUCGGCAACCCUCGACGAGUGUUUGAGAUGGGACAAUCCGUGCUCGAAUCCCGAGGAUGAAAAAGAGAGGAUCCGAAUUUACAAGGUGAAUCGAAGGAAAAGAUAUCUGAUGGACAUUGUGAAGCAGAGACGGGAUACGGAGGGUGUUCUGAAAUUCGCUGUGGAACUUGCGUCCCUGGAUCCGGGAAGUUAGUAGAAGAUUCGCCCAAAUUUUAUUGUACUGUAAAGCACAAUCAAUUUAUGCAAUGUCUUCCGUGAAAUUACAAAGUGAAAAUAAAUUUUGUGUUCAUUUUUAUUUAUAUAUUAUUAA